AAUUUUUGCUAUUCUCCAGUUCUGAAAUGACUCUUCACGUUGUUCAUCUGAGUGUGAUGAUUGACCAAGGGCUGGAACACUGCAUAUCUUCUCACUGUCAUGACGACACUCUCUGCAUAAAUGAACACAAAAGAAACAACAGCUCCUUAGCGUGGCUAGGAAUGCAGUAGUGACACCCCUAGACUGCAGUGUCCAGGGAGCCCUAAAAAGGGAAGGAGCCUCCCUCUGAUUCCUGGCAACUAGUGAAGCUGUGGCGGCUAAAUUAGGCCUGCUUUCAUUGACUUCCAAAGCCCCAGGUGUCAGUAACCCUGCAGCCCAGAGGAGGAAAAACUGAGUGGUGUUGACGGUCCCUGAUGCUUCCUAAGAUUUUCUCCAGACACUGCCUGGUUGGAGACAGGUGCUGAGUGUUGCUGUGUGUGGGCUCCAGGGGCCUGGUUCAACAUUCCAGUUGUAGUUUGAUAGACACAGAUCUUAGGGGAGGAGGAGGAGGCCAAAUGCCAGUGCCAACUUCAAUGAAAAAGCACUGAGGGUCGCUUUGCCCUGCUGUGCUCUGCCUGCCUGCCUGAGAAUGGUCCAGCCGGUGCCUGGGGGUCUGUUGUCGCGGCCUGUCUGAACACACGCAGAAACACACAAAGUCAAGCAACACCCGGAAGCACGCACACACAAACUGGAGAGCAAUGUGAGAGAGGAAGUGCCUUCCCUGAUGUCUGCUGCAGCUUUGACCUGCUUCUCCAGCUGAAGCUAAACCCUCCUCCCCGCCGCUCUCGCUUGCUGCCACAGUAAUACAAGUACAAGGACAGCAACCACACCCUCCUCGCAGCCAACGCUCUGACCCGCUUGUCCAUCUACCACCAUCACCACUCACUCCUCCUAGGCGGACUCCAGCAUCAGCUCUCCUCAUCAGACAGCCACCAGCUGACCAGCCUUAGCACAGCAGUCCAACACAUCACCUGGUCCGCUCAGCAUCUCGCCCACCUUGCCUUUAGCCUUCGCCUUUGACCCUUAAAGCCUACACCUGGUCCUCAGUGUCCUUAACCUUCCUGCAGUAGGCUACACCAAGACUAUCACCUUUGUUGCCUGCUCCUCUCCACCCAAUCCAAGGGUUUUGGUUUGGCCCAUUUAUCAGUUCUACUUUGGCAAGUUAAUUAUUAAGCUAUCUCUUGGAUAUAAUACUUUUUCAGUUGUUGUUUGAUUGGUAAAAGGAUCCAAUAACCUCCACAUCAAAACAUCGUCCAGUAACAUUUCACUUCGGACAAGGAGCCCUUUCAAUCAAUAGGAACCUUUCUUCUUUAAUUGUUUCAGUUCCACUUCAGACUUUAACCACAGGAGCAAGUAAACAAAAAAGAGACCUUAAAGUUGUGGAUUAAAACACUAGAGGUACUUUGUUGGCGCUUAACACAUCUGAACUUGGAAUAAUUGCCAGCGUGUUGCCAUGGCAAUGAACAUAGCACAUAUGCGUGACACAAAGUGGCUCACGCUAGAGGUAUGUAGGGAGUUCCAGAGGGGCACGUGUUCACGCUCAGACCAGGAGUGCAAGUUUGCUCAUCCGGCCAAGAGCUGUCAGGUGGACAAUGGACGGGUCAUAGCUUGCUUCGACUCACUCAAGGGCCGCUGUUCCAGGGAGAACUGCAAAUAUCUGCACCCUCCUCCGCACCUAAAGACCCAGCUGGAGAUCAAUGGCAGGAACAACCUGAUCCAGCAGAAGAAUAUGGCCAUGCUGGCCCAGCAGAUGCAGCUCGCCAACGCCAUGAUGCCCGGCACGCAGCUACCACCUAUGCCUAUGUUCUCUGUGACGCCAGGCCUGGCCACCAACGCCAGUGCUGCAGCGGCUGCAGCUGCAGCCUUUAAUCCCUACCUGAGCCCCGUGUCACCAGGCCUGAUGCCCCCAGAGAUCCUUCCCAGCACCCCUGUCCUCAUGGCCUCCAGUCCCACUGUCAGCCAAGUCCCCAACGCUGCUGCUGCUGCAGCCCAGAAACUGCUGAGAACAGACAGACUUGAGGUGUGCCGGGAGUAUCAGAGGGGAAACUGCUCCCGGGGCGAGAACGACUGCCGCUUCGCCCACCCCGCAGACAGCACCAUGAUCGACAACAACGACAACACCGUCACCGUGUGCAUGGACUACAUCAAGGGCCGGUGCUCCCGCGAAAAGUGCAAGUACUUCCACCCCCCGGCGCAUCUGCAGGCCAAAAUCAAGGCUGCCCAGCACCAGGUGAACCAGGCCACAGCCGCCGCGGCCAUGACUCAGUCGGCUGUCAAAUCACUGAAGCGACCCCUCGACGCAACCUUUGACCUGGGCAUCGGCCCUAGUGUCAUGGCUCCCCUGCCAAAGCGGGCAGCCCUGGACAAGGCCAACGGGGCCUCUGCCGUGUUUAACACCGGCAUGCUCCAGUACCAACAGGCUCUGGCCAGCAUGCAGUUUCAGCAGCAGGCUGCUUUCCUUCCAUCAGGCUCAAUAUUGUGCAUGACACCUGCAGCGAGCGUUGUUCCCAUGAUGCACAGUGGUACUCCAGCCACUGUGUCUGCAGCCACCACAUCUGCCACAAGCGUUCCCUUCGCAACUGCCUCCACCAAUCAGGACUCUUCCUUAUCAAAGUUGACUACCAACGAAUACAUGCAAUUGAUUCCAAUAAUAUCUGCAGAUCAUCUGAGUAGUCACAAGUACUUGACUCAGAUGUAGUUCCUCUCGAGAACAAUCAAAAUGAAUGUGUGCUGGCACCGUCCAAGCCAAAAGAGUUCAGCCUUUAUGUACAUAACCUUCAGAAUGUCAAGCAAUGGGACGAGGAGGGGCUACCAUCUCUUAGCCGGUUCACGAUGAUGGUCUCAACACAUACGUAAACAUCAAGGGCACCACACGUGAUCUGUGCCAUCUUCCCACAUAUCAAUGUCAAAAAAUGUAGUUGUCAAAUUCAACGUCCAGAUGGGAGACGAGAAGAUUUUGGAGCCGGGGUCGGCGUGUCUCUCCCCCUGUGGGAAACACUCGUGUUACACCUCUGUGUCUGACUAAAUCAUAGCUCUCAGUUUGUUCUAAUUAUGAUCAUCACUGCACACACAGACAGUCAGGAGUGUGGUUGUGUAAGGCAGCAUCCAGUGCUGGUACGUCAAUAGACCAAGAAUUUUUCUUUCCUUUUUAUUUGUUUUGCUUUGUUUUGUUUAAUUAAUAGCCAUAUUUCAUAGUUUACAAAUGAAAUGCAAACAUGCACCUUGAAUUUGAAUUUAAAGGCACAAUGAUUUUACCAGGACUUUUAUUCACCAAAAGAAUUAGGCAUGUACAGUAUUGUGUUUUUACGGCUAGUGAAACUAGAUAUUGAAAUGAGGGUCUUGGACAUAUGAAUGUUCUGGGUAAACCAACAUACCUGUGUACCUUGAAAGCACAGCCAGGAUAGCUUUUUCUCACCUUGCCAUGUGCCAUCGAGGCCAUACAGCGGAAAUCAGAGUGUUAUCUCAGCAGUGUUAUUUGUUUACCGAAGGUAAAACGUUUUGUAUGGCUCUUUUUGUAUCGUUUUGUUUUCAGAAUCUGCAUUGUGAGUGUUUUUUUUUAACGUUUGAUUUCAUUCAUCUAAUUAAUCAGUUUUCAAAACGGGGUUUUCAUCAGUUUUUUUUUAUUUCUUUUUAAAUCAACAGUGGGAGGUCUUUCUAAAGUCUGUCAUACCUCUUUUCAUAGACUAGCGUUGUUUGUGUUUGUUCGGAUUUGGUCGUAGCUCAGUCCAUUGACUCUAAAAGCUGGUGACGUUUGAGAGUGCGGCUUCGGUUGACGUUGUGUUACCUAGUUCCACCUCUUCUAAAGAGGAGCAACUCUAAAACUGUGUCUCCAGAAGCACUGUUGAUCUGUGUGUUGGUGGGAAUUUAAAACAUCGGACCCAAAAGGUCUAUUAGGUCAUAAAAACCACAUGUGCACUUGAAUAAUUGUUUGUCUCACCCUGUUUUCAUUUUUCAAGUGAUCUUAAUUUUUUGAGGAGAAAUACAUGAAAUAACUUUGACUUGUAUUAUAAGCAAAGUUGUGGUCCACUCGUGGAUCUGACUAUGGAAACCAAAGCACAGUUUUUCUCCCAUGCGUGGUAACAGCAAGGGUUACAGAAGCAUCUCUGAAGAGGCUCAUCUAGUUAAGGACACCUGUAUCACUUUUCAUACACCUUUUAGUUGGUGAUCACUUCUUUCUGAUUUCACAGAGGUGUGUAGCGUGUUUUUACCGAUUGUAAUGUACCUAACAAAGCCUUAGAUUACAAUUAAUGGGUCUCCACCCAAUCAAAUGUAUUUUAAAUCACCAUGCAGGAAAAGAACACCAAUGAUGUUUUAUAAUUUUUCUCACCUACUUCUUAUAAUCUUUGUUUUUUUUUUUGGUUCUUUGUCUCAACGUAAAAAUAAUAAUUACUCUUCAAUUUCAUUGAACUUAUGUGUUAUGUACUACUUAAGGAUUUAAAUCUAUUUGAGGUUUGUAGUUGUAGAUUUUUCUUUUUUUUGCCUUACUAUAUAUUACUUGACAAACAUUGAUAUAGCCGUUGUAGAUUUUGAGGUAUUAUGACAUAACUUUUUCAAACCAUAUAAAUGAUAAUGUGUUGAGUCAGUUUUAAAUAUUCACUUCAUUCAUAUAGCUGGAUGUCUUUUUUUUAGUUAAUGUUACAUUAUCAGUUAAUUUUAUUGUUGAAAGACCUUUUUGAUACAAGGACUGAGAUUAAAUAAUUUGCUGCAAAUGCAGCACAUCUCGGAAAAAAUACCUAAUAUUUUAACCAACUUAAAUUUUCCUUGUAACAUGUCAAGUUCAUGUUUGAAAAUAUAUUAUACUGAGAUAUAGAUUGUCCAUGUUUAAGAGUAAAAUUAUUUUCUACUGUAUCCAUUUAAGAAACAAAAGAUGUAGUUUUGUUUGAAUAUUUCUUAAGUUUGCCCUGAGUGUCAGGCCAAAACGAGCGGUGAGAUUGACGCGUGUUUGGACGUUUGGUGGAUAGUGAGGCUAGAAGCGAGAAAGACAAAGACUUUUCCAGAACAGAGAGGUCAGAAAUGCUGCAGGUGAUGAGUUUGAACCUAAGGGACGAAGGUUGACUUUUUGCACUUCUGUAUAUAGUCAAAUGAACAGAGAAAAAUGUGUAUCAUAUUGAGAUAUUAUUUUGAAUAAAAAAAGAUCUAUAAUUAUAAGGAAUUUUGUUAGAUUAAUUUAAAUUCUUAAAUUAGAAGACCAGCUAAAACAAUUGCUUGCAAAGAAGGGCACUAGUUUCUUGGCCAAUGCAUUCAGAAAAAGCUAUGCGCUGUUUGUCUUAUUUUAUCGGUGGCUAGUAUCGCCAGGGAAUGUUGUAAGGGAGUAGAGAUCCCCAUGUCACGCUAACUCCAUAUCCCCCGUGACGUCCACGUAUCACUUGUUGGACUUGGUCAUGCAGUAUUGCUGCUCCCAUGGUACAGUUGAUGCGUAAAACUGUCACAAAUUUAUAUUCUCUUAUACUUUUAUUUGACUGCAUGUGAAAAUACAAAACAAAAGAAACUGCGUAGUUACGGUAUGUAAGGAAAGAUAAGACGAGACUACAGAAUACACAGUAAUAUGUCAUUUUUUAUUAUACAUAUAGUAGAUACAGUAACAUCCACAGUGGGAGUUAAUAAUACUUCAACAAGUCAUCUUACUCUUGUGUGAUAAACUAUUUUCCAAGCAAACAAUGUUAUUUAAAGAAUGAUAAAAUAUUAGCACUCAUCCACCCCAGAUACUUUCUCAUAGCCAUGUAUUUACAGUCGACGCCGACUCACAGGCAGUUUGUCCCCGCUUUCACAUCCGUGCACUCAGCAGGUGAGCGUUCACAAAACCAAAUGUGUGCUUUUUAUUUUUUUUUUGGCAAAUUAGUCUUUGAAAUGAAUGUAACAGUCGCAGGUUCAGCAUGAACUGUCUCUGGCCUGAGGCUGCUGUGUAGUCGCUACAGAACCAAAGCGCCGUUCUCCCCACACCAGAUGUCGGCCCGCGCGCACGGCCGGACCCACGGUUCCUCUUCCCUGCUGGGGGCACAUUUACAUGUACGCUUUGACUGCUUCUUACCUGUAAGUGCAACCACCAAUUAUGUAUUUGCUAACAGCUGUCUCACAAUAAUGUACUAUUCUGUCUUCAGAUUUGUUUAUGCACAUUUUAUUGUUGCCAUAAUUGACUCUUGCUGUAUGGAUUAAAAAAUCGGAAUAAAGUAAUGUUUGAUUUGCUCAUGCAA